AGAAAACACAUUUAUGGUACAACAGAUGUUUGUGAGCAAACAAGCAGGGCUGCAUUAUUCCUCGGUCUAUGCUUCACACUCACAUCAACAAGUGUGCGUCGGCUGCACGCCGAUAAGCUAGAGAUAACCAAACAGAAAAAUAGGUCUGAUAAGCGAAAUUAGGCAGCGAGAAAGGUACACUCCGCUGUGACACCGAACCCUCAUUCCCGUUCCGCUCACCCCCAGAUAUCAAUUGGAAUAGACUGACGCACUCUAACCGAAGUUCCAGAUGGCGCGAUGACAUUGAGGUGGGCGGGGCUUGGAGGAGUGUCUCGCCCAAUAGGAACAGUUGUGCGUUCGGGCUCUGUGGUGGGGUGAUGUGCAGUAGACCCGCUGGUCCUCGCAUAUAUUUAUUUGCUGGGUGGGAAAGGAGGCCUGACCCUGAGAAAACUCCCACGGGUGUAUUGGUAUGACCCCCGUCACUGGUACUUCCUAUUGAAGAGGUGCCAAGUCCCUGCCCCUGUUUUACUGCCGCACUUCGCAAAACAGAGGAAGCAGAGCUGCUCACACACAUUAGUAACUGCUACGUGAUAUCAUGUGCAACCCGGUGAGUGAGUUUGUGCCCCGUGGUUAGGAGGCACUACUUGUGCGGAGAAACGUACUUGCAGCUUGCACGUCCAGUCCCUGCCACCCCGUGACUCUACAUUACUUGCAUACACUCCAACAGACUGCGCGUGUAGCGCAAACGCUCUGCACCUUGAUACUUGUUUAUUCGCCAUAUUUUUGACGCUCUGGGAUGUAAGUGGCGCAGACAGGAGUUGUGCGUUUGAUGUUCCGCCAAGAGGGCAGAAGCGGAGCGCUGGAGGCUGUGCUGAGGGAGGAGGGCAGAAUGUCCCGUUACUCGGACUGGCUCUAUGGAGGAGUGGACCCCAACAUCGCAGGUAAUGGGGGCAUGGAGUGCGCCUCCUUUCUCCCCCUGGGGCAGCGCUUGCUGGAGAGCCUGGUGCUACUGAUUGUGUCCCUGUUGGAGAUCGUGGUGUCUCUAAGGAAGAUCCGGAGAGGCAGAACUGGAGAUUCGGAGCCCUGUGGCACCACUGCUGAGAGCCUAGGCAAAAACCUGCUCUUGAUGACCAUGUGCCUGACCUUUGGAGUGGAAGUGGGAUUCAAGUUCGCCACCAAGACUGUCAUCUAUCUGCUCAAUCCAUGCCAUGUGGUUACUAUGCUGCAGAUUUUUCUCCUGGCCUGUCCACCUUGUAAGCUUGCCACUAUAAUAUUCAGGCUUCAGAUGCACAUGUUAAAUGGGGCCCUUCUUGCUUUGGUGUUCCCUGUGCUAAACACUAGAUUGCUUCCAUUUGAGGUUGAGGUAUACUAUGUCCAACAUGUCAUGCUGUAUGUGGUGCCCUUCUACCUGCUUCGAAAAGGAGGGGUGUACACUCCGGAGCCUAUGAGUGAUUUCUGGUGGGCUAUUCUGGCAACUGGGCUCAUGUUUUUCUACCACUUCAGCUUCCUGCAGAUCCUGGGCCUGGUCACAGAAGUAAAUCUGAACAACAUACUGUGCCCGGCCAUAUCUGAUCCCUUUUAUGGGCCAUGGUAUCGAAUCUGGGCAUUGGGGCAUCAAACCCUCAUGACUCUGAUCCACGGGAAGCUCAUUGUCUUCUUGUUUUCUUGUGGUCUGCCAAGAUGGAAAUUCUUUAUGGAUCUUUUUAAUUUGCCUGGGAAGAAAGUGGACUGAAGAUUCAUUUCAGGAGGCCAAUACGAGGGACUGAGACUUGUCACUCAUCGCUGCCAUAUACUGUCUCUGGCUUUAAAGAAAGGGCCUAACAUUUCUUGUUCCAGUGUUACUGUGACUUGUGUGGGUAUAAAAUAAGUGACCUUACUGAAAAGUGCUCUGUUUUGCCUAAUGGUUGGAAACAAAUUGCUGAUACCUCUCAGAAAACAAGGCAGCUAGUCUAAGGCAAAACAAACUCGUGGGUUAUGUGCAGAAGAAAUGGCUCACUAACUCACCAGUUCUCUUACCAAUCCUGUUUUCCACACCUAUACUGAUUUUCAUUAGUGGUUUCUCACAGAUCUAAACCAGUGUUUGUCAUUUAGAUCUUUAUGGACCAGGGACAAUACCCAAAAAGUUAAGUGCUCAUAAGGCAUUCUUUUCUCUUGCUAUGGCGGAAAAUACAUGGGACGGAAUUAAGAUCAAAGUUUUUAAUUCUUUAAAGGGCAUAUGUGUUAGACACAUUUUAUAUACAGGUACACUACUGUGUGUAUAUAUACACUUAAUGUACAUUUCUAACAUUGAUAUUUAAUGUAAAAAUAUACACUCCCCAUACUGCACUGGACUGAAAGUGGAAUUGCUAUAAGUGGCUAUAUUUAAACCAAACCCUGACUCUUGGUUAGACAGGGGCUGCUCUGAGACAGCCACAAUCUGGGUCACAAAGUGGCACCGUCUGACAAAGCAGGGCCUCACUGAGCACCACAAGCAGCUCGUGCAUUCAUGUUCCUCGACCAGUUAUUUACUUUUUUGCAUUCAUAAGCCACAACAUAACUUCUUUUUGCGACCAAAUAGGCUAGGCACUCUCAUGAUAAUACGCUUAUGCUCUGCAGGGAUUUUGUUGUCACUCUAUCAGACAGCACUCCAAAUGUGUCCCUGCUGCAUUUAGCACAUUUUGGUGACAUUGUACAUAUAUAUAUACAUAUAUAUAUAGAACAGGAAAAAAGCUUGCACUCAGGUCUUAGUGAUGAAAAUAUAGGUGUUUAUUAGCAAAAAUUGACUAACGUUUCGGCAAACACUCAAGCCUUUCUCAAAGUGCAAAAACAAUCAAUCAGCAACCCUGUACUAUUCUACUUUGGCUUUAGCACCCAAGCAUCUGUGACUACUAUACGAGUUGUGCGUAUAUAUAUAUAUAUAUAUAUAUAUAUAUAUAGAUAUAUAUAGAUAUAUAUAUAUAGAUAUAUAUAUAUAUAUAUAGAUAUAUAUAUAUAUAUAUAUAUAUAUAUGAUAUUGUUUGUUUUCUGUUGCUGAGGAAAACUAAACUUUGAAACUGAUAAAUUAUGAGACAGCAAAGCCAUGUUGUAUAGCAACUAUUUUGAUUGGUCCAGAUUGUGGUUUAUACAUCCCCAAAUAAUAAUUGGCUUUUAUUUAACUUUUGUUGCUGAGUAUUCUUAUCUUUAACAGUCUGAACAUCAAAAGUGUGUGCAUGCGUGAUUUGUUGAAGGGCUCUCUUGCCAUGGAAUGAACCUCACAGGACAGAACUGUUAUAGGGAUGGUAUGAUAAUUGUUCUAUUUAUACACCCCCCAAAGUCUGUGUUAACCAUAUACCCUGCCCCCUGCAAUUCACUCCCAAACUGCCCAUUCGGCUUCCCAAUGAGUAUAAUAAGGUGGAUAUGGGGCUAGAAAUGCUCAUUUGAGUGUUGGGGGAAGUAGGAUUGAUGUUUUAACCAUCGUCAAACUUAAAUGGGAAAUUCUCUUUAAAAAUAUCUUUAUUAUGAUGUAGAGUAAUAGUUAAAUAUUUCCAAUUACACAAAACAAGUUUUCUUUAAAUAUAUGUUUUGAAGCACUCAUCUUGGAAUUUUACUGCAGCCCCUUAUACCCACAACAAGGCCGUGGCUUGAAUGACCGAAUAAAAGCUGAAUGGGGAUAGUGAUAAAGAAAAUAAACAUAUUAAUUACAAUACAAAAAUCUAGUCAUGUACUUUGAUUUCUCUUGUCAGUGACUGGCAAAACUCAAGGCUGCAGAAAGGCAGAUCGCAGUGAUAUAAAUCUAGGUGUCAAUUAUUCUUAUGUCACUACGUCCAUCAUACGAACAGUUCAUUUUCAUGUGAACUACUCCUUUAAAGCACUGAUACUACACACUCCCCAAACUAAGGUCAGGGGAAACAUUAUAUUUUGUUUACAACUGGCUAGAAACUGUUUCCCAUGAUGUCCACCCGAGUGGCUUCCCUAAAAGAAAACCAGUAAACCAAUCCACCUACAUGAAUUGGCCCUGACAAGUGUUCAAACUACAAUCAACAAUAGGUACUUUUAAUUCUCUGUAUAGUGAAUGGCGAUUCUGCCUUUUGCUUAGUUUUCUCAACCUCCCUGUUACUUUUUAUGGUGAUAUUUUGUUUAAAGGGAAACUGUGCAAAUGAUUGGGAGAUGUGCUGAUGGGAUUGAUGUUGUCUGUAGCUCACUGUGCAACAUGUUGGUGCCAUUGAAUUCAUAAUGGUAUUGUGGCAGGAGGAUUCCAAGAUCCUUUAGCUGUUAAGGGCCUGGGAGAGUUUUCAACAUACAAAUCCCUUUACUCCUGUGAUUGGAUUGAAACCUGCUAAAUGUGCUCAGAUUGGGCCAGAGUAGCACAAGCUGCGUGUAAACAAAUAGCUUACCUUCUCCAUCUUUCGUGAAAAUACAACAUUGCACCCAAUAUUAGUUUAUAUACAGACUUAGAGGCACAGUUCUAGGUUACAUAUAAUGAGGAAGGUUGAAUCAUUGCAUUUUCUACAGCCAGUGAAUGUCAGGCUGGAGCUUUAACACAGCCCAUAUUUUACCAGGCACAGAGAAGACAAGGAGUGGCCGAUGUUCCAGUCUAUAAUAUACAAAUAUUUCAUGUGGAUUAACCCCCCCCCCCCACC